GCCUAUAUUGAUCCCCUAAAAAAAAAAAAGCCUAUUAUUGAUAUUGCAUAAUAUUAUAUCAAUUGGAAAUCGAGGAUUCCUCGAGACUAGUCACUUUAGUUGUUAGAAUUUUGAAGGCUAACAUCUGUGAUACAAUGUCUGAAAUCAACUAGGCAAAGCCCUAAUUUUCCUCGAUUACAAUCUACAAUUCUACAUCUCUCUCUAAAUUCAUCCAUUUCACUUCUCUUUGACAAAUCACACCAAACAAUUUCUAAUCUCCAGCAUCAAAUUACUUUUUCCGAAUUCCAGAGUUAUAGAAAAGAAAUUGAAGAUUUUUUCGACUGACACCAACUUGGAUCUUCCAUAAAUUUGGAGAAGAUUUUGGGGUUCAGUUGAAUUUACUGAACCCCCGUUGGAUACUGCACUGGACAAAAAUGAAGAGAUAUGUUUAUAUCAAUGAUGAUGAAUCCAUGCGUGAACUUUUUUGUGACAAUCGCAUAUCGAACAGGAAAUAUACAGUGCUUAAUUUCCUUCCAAAGAAUUUAUGGGAACAGUUCAGCCGAUUUAUGAACCAGUAUUUUCUGCUGAUUGCUUGUCUUCAGUUAUGGUCGCUCAUCACCCCUGUUAAUCCUGCCAGCACCUGGGGUCCGCUUAUAUUCAUAUUUGCAGUAUCAGCAACGAAAGAAGCCUGGGAUGAUUACAAUCGUUUUCUUUCUGACAAGAAUGCAAACGAGAAAGAAGUGUGGGUUGUAAAGGAUGGCAUUAGAAAGCAUAUCCAAGCUCAAGAUAUUCAUGUGGGCAAUCUUGUGUGGCUUCGUGAGAAUGAUGAAGUUCCAUGUGAUCUUGUUCUUCUUGGCUCUUCUGACCCGCAAGGGAUAUGUUAUGUGGAGACUUCUGCAUUGGAUGGUGAAACUGAUCUGAAGACAAGAGUCAUUCCCUCAGCAUGCACGGGAAUAGAUUUUGAACUACUACACAAAUUGAAGGGGGUCGUCGAGUGCCCUAAUCCGGAUAAGGAUAUUAUGAGAUUUGAUGCAAAUCUCAGAUUAUUUCCUCCAUUCAUUGACAAUGAUUUAUGUCCUGUAACAAUUAAGAACACACUUCUUCAGUCAUGCUACCUAAGGAAUACAGAAUGGGCUUGUGGAGUGGCAGUCUAUACUGGCAAUGAAACCAAGCUUGGAAUGAGCCGGGGGAUCCCAGAGCCCAAGUUAACGGCUGUCGAUGCCAUGAUUGACAAGUUGACUGGGGCAAUAUUUGUUUUCCAGAUAGUAGUUGUGACUGUUCUUGGAGUAGCUGGAAAUGUCUGGAAGGAUUUUGAAGCUAGAAAGCAAUGGUAUGUUUUAUAUCCUUUGGAGGGCCCGUGGUACGAACUGCUGAUUAUCCCUUUACGGUUUGAGCUGCUAUGUUCCAUAAUGAUACCCAUUUCUAUAAAGGUAUCUCUUGAUCUUGUGAAGAGUUUAUAUGCAAAAUUCAUCGACUGGGAUUUAGAAAUGUUUGACCAAGAAACAGGUGUACCCUCUCAUGCAACAAAUACAGCAAUAAGUGAAGACUUGGGACAAGUUGAAUAUAUCUUGACUGAUAAAACUGGUACCUUAACUGAAAACAAAAUGGUCUUUAAGAAGUGCUGCAUUGGCGGAGUUUUCUACGGGAGUGAGAGUGGGGAUGCGUUGCAAGAUGCUGAACUUCUGGAUGCUGUUGCCUGUGGUUCUUCAGACGUUAUCAGAUUUCUAAUGGUUAUGGCCAUAUGUAAUACAGUAAUACCAACAAAGAGUAAGACUGGAGAUAUUGUGUAUCAGUCACAAUCUCAGGAUGAAGAGGCUUUAGUUCAAGCUGCUGCUCUCUUGCAUAUGGUCCUAGUCAAUAAGUCUGCAAAUGUGCUUGAGAUACUUUGCAAUGGUUCUUUGAGACAAUAUGAACUAUUGGAUGUACUGGAGUUUACUUCUGACAGGAAGAGAAUGUCAGUAGUAAUAAGAGAUCAUCAGAAUGGGAAGAUUAUUCUAUUGACAAAAGGGGCUGAUGAAACAAUUUUUCCUUGUGCUAGUACUGCCUGGUCUAAUUGCCACCUGUUAAAAGCUUCCUUGGAUUUGAAUUGUCAACAAAUAAGGACAUUUACUGAAGCUGUUGAACAUUAUGCACAAUUGGGAUUACGGACAUUAUGCUUGGCAUGGCGUGAGCUUAAGGAGGAUGAAUAUCGUGAAUGGUCAUUGAUGUUUAAGGAGGCUAAUAGCACUUUGGUUGAUAGGGAGUGGCGGAUAGCUGAAGUUUGUCAAAUGAUAGAACAUGACCUUGAAAUCCUUGGGGUUACUGCAAUAGAGGACCAUUUGCAGGAUGGGGUGCCAGAAACCAUAGAGACUCUCAGAAAAGCUGGAAUCAACUUUUGGAUGCUGACGGGAGAUAAGCAGAGAACUGCUAUUCAAAUUGGACUUUCUUGCAAUUUUAUAUGCCCAGAACCAAAAGGUCAGCUUUUGUUGAUUGAUGGGAAAAAUGUAGACGAAGUUCGGAGGAACUUAGAAAGGGUCUUGCUUACUAUGAGAAUAACAACUGCAGAGCCAAAGGACGUGGCGUUUGUAAUUGAUGGUUGGGCACUUGAAAUUGCACUUACCCAUUGCAAAAGAGCCUUCUCUGAAUUAGCAAUACUGUCAAGAACAGCUAUAUGUUGCCGUGUGACUCCAUCACAGAAGGCACAGCUGGUACAGCUGUUAAAAUCGUGUGACUAUAGAACAUUGGCUAUUGGUGAUGGUGGCAAUGAUGUCAUGAUGAUACAGCAAGCUGAUAUUGGUGUUGGAAUUAGUGGCAGGGAAGGAUUACAGGCAGCAAGGGCAGCUGAUUACAGCAUUGGGAAAUUUCGAUUUUUGAAAAGAUUGAUACUUGUGCAUGGGCGUUAUUCGUACAAUCGCACAGCAUUUCUGUCCCAGUACUCCUUUUACAAGUCACUGAUUAUCUGCUUCAUACAAAUAUUUUUCUCUUUUAUUUCAGGCAUCUCUGGCACUAGUCUAUUCAAUUCUGUCAGUUUGAUGGCUUAUAAUGUCUUCUACACAAGUCUCCCUGUUCUUGUUAGUGUCCUUGACAAAGAUUUAAGUGAAAGGACGGUGAUGCAGCAUCCUCAGAUCUUGUAUUAUUGUCAAGCUGGCAGGGUUCUGAACCCAAGUACAUUUGCUGGGUGGUUCGGACGGUCUCUAUUUCAUGCCAUUGUCGUAUUUAUCAUCAGCAUCCAUGCAUAUGCUGGGGAAAAAAGUGAAACAGAGCAGGUAGCUAUGGUGGCACUCUCUGGAUGCAUAUGGCUGCAAGCUUUUGUUGUGGCACUGGAAACAAAUUCGUUUACAGUUCUACAACACCUUGCGAUAUGGGGGAAUCUGCUUGGCUUCUACAUUAUAAAUCUUAUUGUCAGUGCUAUCCCAUCAUCAGGAAUGUACACAAUUAUGUUUCGGUUGUGUAAGCAACCGUCUUACUGGAUUACUAUGUUUCUUAUUGUUGUCGCGGGCAUGGGUCCCAUAGUAGCUUUAAAGUACUUCCGCUUCACAUACAGACCGAGUAAAAUCAACCUACUGCAGCAGGCUGAGCGGUUGGGUGGGCCCAUCUUAUCUUUAGGUAAUAUAGAACCACAAACUAGGUCGAUUGAGAAAGAAGUUGCACCCUUGUCUAUAAGUCACGCGAAGAGCAGGAGUCCAGUGUUUGAACCUCUGUUGUCAGACUCACCAAAUUCCACUAGAAAGUCAUUUGGGCCAGGGACACCUUUUGAUUUUUUCCAGUCACAAGGCAGGUUGUCUUCUAGCUAUUUAAGAAAUUGUAAGAACAAUUGAUUCUGCAGACUUGAUGAGAGUGUAUAGCUUAUCAUACCUAGGCUUUUUGUUUUUUGUAAUAUCAUCUUGUAGGUUAAUUAUAGAAUGAGAGAAUAAUCACAUAUUCACAUGUACAUAAGAGAAAAGUAGACAUUUUUUCCCCCGAGGUGGAGGGGGUAAUGUAUUAUUGGUUGCUGCGAGGCUUACCGAUAAGAUAAUAGGGAUCCUAAAUUCUAAUCUGAUAAUCAUGUAUCCAAACUGGGUUAAAUCAGUUAUGUCAAACAUCAACAUGAUGAUAUACCGGGAUACUUAUUUAUAAUCAACCAUGCAGCAGGAUCUUUGGUCGGUUUCA